GGUUGGGAUUGAUGAAUCCAUUGUGAACCUACAGAAACUUUGUCUCUUGAAUCUUAGAGGUUGCAUUGGUCUGAGGGCACUUCCAAGAAACAUUAGUAAGGUAACAUCUCUUCAAGAGAUUGAUAUUUCCGAUUGCUCAAAUCUUAUAUUGUCAGCAAAGGAGCUCAAUAAGAUGGAGUCAAUGAGAGUACUUCGAGCGGACAGAAUUGAUAUAAAUAAAGCACUCGGUGUGACCCACGAUAUUGUACCAGGAGGGAAUGGAUUCGUUUGGCCUUGGGUACAAAAACCAAUGAAAAGCCCAAACACAUUAUGGACCUCUUUCCCAAGUUCUUUAGUAAGCCUAAGCCUUGGGAAUUGCAAUCUCACCGAUGAUGCUUUUGGCACGGAUUUUGGUAGGCUCAAUAUGUUGGAGUCCUUAUCUCUUGUAGGAAAUCAUAUUCGUAGGCUACCAGAUUGCGUUGGAAAUUUGUCAAGACUCCAGAUGCUAGAUUUAUCUUGGUGUCCAAAGCUCGAGAAGAUUCAAUGGCCAGCAAUAGAAGUUAAGGAAUUGAACGUUACGGAGUGCAGAUCUUUGCAACAAAUAACUUAUGAUACUAAGGCCAGUCCACUAAGCAUUCAGCAUGGUGCUUGCAUGAGGCUAUGUUACGUUCAAAAUGGUUUCAAGACAAAACCUGUCAGAGAAGUUGAUGUAAGAUUGAUCAACAAUGUUGGCUUCUUCGGCUUGGACUCCAUGGCAGAUGUUGAAGUGAUGAUUGCAAAUUGUAUUGUGUGGAGCAGAGUGAAGCGUCCAGUUGAGAUUCUAUGGGAAUGUGGAUUAUUUAGCACAUAUUUUCCUGGACGAGAAGUUCCAUGCUGGUUUAAGUAUAAGACUAAUGGGCCCAGAAUCACAUUAAAUGUGCCUUCUAAUCACCAAAUACGAGGCUUAAAUGUGUGCCUAGUGUNGCUGGUUUAAGUAUAAGACUAAUGGGCCCAGAAUCACAUUAAAUGUGCCUUCUAAUCACCAAAUACGAGGCUUAAAUGUGUGCCUAGUGUACACACUUACCGACAUCGUAAAUUGGUUACAAUUUCCAAUAGAGGUUAAAGUCCACAACAAGAGUAAGCAUCUUGUGUGGCCCUAUAGGCCAAGGUGCUAUGGUGUUCCAAAAGCAGAUGAAUAUAUUGUAUGGUUAUGCCAUUUUGGGCUUGAGGUUCCACUUAAAGGAGGUGGUGAAGUGGAGGUUUCAUUUGAGAUGAAGGUUGAGGGACAAAUAAAGGAGUGUGGGGCCCA